GACAUUGGGUGCUGUCGGGUCGUUGCCGCCGUUGUCACUUGCAAAUGUCAAUGACCGUCGUUCGUCGGCAAUCGAGCCUUCUUCGGGCGCACAGCUUCAAUCAUGACGAAGUCUUGGCGCGUCUCCAUCGCCUGCCAAGCCUAAAACCCACGACGAUGGUCCCGCUCCCGAGCCCGGUCUUCUGGGAUGUUGAAGCAAUACACGACAUUGAGGCAGAGGUGUCGCCAACCCCGUCGAGGAAUCGGUUGGCGGGGGCGUUGUACAUGCUCCUCGGUUUAGAAUUCCACGUGUGGCUUCCCAUGAACGCCUUCACGCACGCACUGAUCCAUGACAACGCCAUGCUUGUCCCGUUCACCCUCCUCGUCGUGCUACUUGGCACGCCACUGCUUCUCUUCCCAGUGCUGGUGUGUCUCAAAGUAGACGGGACCAUCGCAGCGUCGUGGUGCAUGUGCUUUACACCGCUUUGGAUCGUGCAUGCCAUCGACAACAUCUACUGUCCAUGGCUAGCCCACGUCAAGAAGUCUGCCAUGUCAAACACAAUGCCUGCUCCGCCAUCGUCGCACCAAAGCAGUGAUGUACCGGCAAGUCCGCAGCCUCAGUCGCCGUCUUCUCCAAUGCCAACGACACCUGCGGAUUCGAGUGACGACAUGCACGCGUCGACCACAGCGUAUUCGAUUCAAGCUACGGCCGGCAACUUCAGUCGUGCCUCAUCGCUGGCGUCCCCACAAUCACGUGUUGUAGCAGCAGAGCACACCACGGUCCCACAACCCGAUUCGACCUCACCUCCCGCUAAAGGAAACAGAUUCAACGGGUACCACAACUCGACGAGCAUGCAGCCCGUCCGGCUCAAACAACGUCGGACCUUGCGUUCAUGUAGGCGCGAUAUCGUCAUGACGGUCUGCGUCGUUGCAGCUGAAGUAAUGGUGGCACUCCGGCUGGACGGGUUCCUGGCGUCUGUGCCGUGGGUCGUUGUGUUUGGGUGCCCGCUUGUCGUCUACUAUGGCAUGCAGUGGAACGACACUUCGUUUACGUGGUGGUUUCGCGACUGCUUGUUCCAUGUAGCGCAAGUCAUUUUCGUCGCGCUCAAGGCGGAUGGGUUCUUGACGGGCUGGUCGUGGGCCACAGUGUUUCUCCCGACGUGGUUGGCAGCCACCAUCGUGGUCUACAUCGUGACUCACGAUGCCUGGGUGGCGCUGUACCGGACCACAGAACCAGAGCCCCCGUUGAGCGCCGUCGGGCGUGUCCUCGUCAUUGUAGCCGUCGUUUGGUACUUUGUGCCGUAUAUUCUCGUCGUCGCGAGUUUGGACGGCAUCGUGACCUUCCCCUCGAUCCUCGUCGUGCUUGUGCCGUGGCUCGUAGUCGUCGGCGGCUGGAUCUCGAUGGCCGUUCUCGCCGCACUCGAAGACGACCAAGUAGGAUCACCCGACAUUUUGCCCGUCAAUCGCUUCGAAAGCACGGGGUGGUACAUCGUGUUACCGUGGACCACCAUGAACGUGUGGUUACUGCUGCUCAUGGUCGCGGCGGUGGUUUACGCGGUGAACGACGGCGGCAGCACCACCACCCCCGAGGCUGCACGCGCUGAUUCGAAUCACCCAUAGGCAGAGGUGUUGUGCCUUGCGCCUGGCACCACAGAUAAUGAAACAGCCCCCCCCCUCCGUUGCAAAGUUGGAGAUGGUGGAGGAAAGCAUGUCUUGGUGAAUUGU